UUUGUUUAGGAGAGCCACCUUGUAAUGUUUACUUCUUGUCGUGCUCGGCGUGCAUUCUUCGUCGCUACGUAGCUCUCGCGUUGCGGGAUUGAUACCGGGUGCAGGAAUUAUUAACCCCCAUUUCGACACUUCGAGUGUGCGGCACCCGUAUAAUUUUCGUUCCGCGAGUUUAUCCCGAGGAGUGAUAGGAGCGAACAUAUAUUUAUAAUUAGGAGCGAAGUAAGUAACAUUAAGGUUCAUGAUGGCGAUGUUCCGCAGUUUUGUGUCGGCUACACAGUUUAGGCAUCACCAUCAGCACCAGCAGCAGAGCGAGGCGGCUGCGGCCGCUGCCGGCGACAGUCUGGAGAGUCAGUUUUCCUGCCCCAUUUGCCUGGAGGUCUAUCACAAACCUGUGAGCAUCGCGAGCUGCGCCCACACGUUCUGUGGGGAGUGCCUGCAGCCCUGUCUGCAGGUCAGCUCGCCGCUCUGCCCCCUCUGCCGCAUGCCCUUUGACCCCAAGAAGGUGGAUAGGUCCUCCAAUGUGGAGAAGCAGCUCUCCUCGUGCAAGGCGCCCUGUCGGGGCUGCAAUAAGAAGGUCACUUUGGUCAAAAUGAGGUCGCACAUUUCGUCCUGCGCCAAGGUCCAGGAACAGAUGGCCAACUGCCCCAAAUUCGUCCCCGUCGUCCCUACGUCUCAGCCCAUCCCCAGCAAUAUUCCCAACCGCUCGACGUUCGUGUGUCCAUACUGCGGCGCCCGGAACCUGGACCAGCAGGAGCUGGUGAAGCACUGCCUGGAGAACCACCGCAGUGACCCCAACCGAGUGGUGUGUCCUGUUUGCGCUGCCAUGCCCUGGGGUGACCCCAGCUACAAGAGCUCCAACUUCCUGCAGCAUCUCCUGCACCGGCACAAGUUCUCCUACGACACAUUUGUGGACUACAGCAUCGACGAGGAGGCCGCUCUCCAGGCAGCCCUAACCCUCUCACUGGCGGAAAACUGAAGAUCGCUUCGCUUAACCCACCACCCCCCCAACCCCCCCUCCACCCGAUUCCAUCUACUGUCCGGCGUCUCUCCACUCCGUCAGCUGGGGCCGUAUCCGUCCCAUAUAUACCUACUUACCUAGUGAGUCCUUCCUCCUCUCCCACGACAACAAGCGGCGAGUGGGUGGUCAGUCAUGAGGUGCAGCCGCAUCGGCAGAGCUUCGCGUCGCCGGAACGCGCCGGAAACGAGCGAGCCCAUGUGACCUGGCCCGAUGGAUCUCUGCAGGCUGUGCAUAAACUCACCCAUUCUUAGUCCUGCCUUGGUUUUCUGCUGCUGCUGGUUCAGAAGAAGCACAGAUUUGGUGCUUCAGCACCUCCCAUCUUAACAUAAUGCAAAGAUCUAGACUCAUCCCAAAUGAGGCCCUCUUAUUGUGAAUACUUGCACUCAUUUUCUACAUAAAAUAUAGUAUUGUUCUUAUUUUAUAGUUACUUAAAAGAAUAGCGACACAUUUUUCUUCAUAAUGAUGUUAUCUGUUUUAUCUUGCUAUGGUGGAUUUUAUAUGACACAUGUGAUAGAAAUAUAUUUUUCAAAAUGUUUGUUUCAAACGGUGCAACAUCGACACAAAAGUAAAAAAACUAAGGAUGUCUUAUGCUAUUCAAGUGUAGCCGCAAGUUCACACAUGUAGUGGCACAGGUUUACCUGUAGAGGGCAUCCUUAUCCCAAUAUUCAGUGCAUUGCUGGGAAAAUGUAUAGUUGUACGGACAGCAAACUGUUGAAAAGUUGAAAUCAAUUUAUUCAAGGCAUUGUGCAUGUAAUUCCCAUAUGUAUAGUCAUGUGGGGAAGCUUGAUGUGUGUAUUCCUGCUUCUGUGUUUACAGAAGAUGGUUUUUGAUCCCUCUGUUUUCUGUCUAAAGACAAGGGUUGAAGUUUAUAAUGCAUAUGGAAGUGGCCUAGUUUGUGCUGGGCAUUUAGAAUGCUAGUGAAAUGUAGUGCACUGUGUGUGUGUUUUGGCAGGUUUGCUUGGAAGGGGAUUGUGGGUGAUACUGCCUGAGCUGGACCCGUGUGAGGCCUUGGGUACUGUUUUGUCUUCCUGGGAUAAAAAAAAAAAAGAAGAUUAUGUAAAUAAGGAGUGUGUGAGAGAAAAUUUAGUCUGAUAUCUUUUAUUAUUUCUAACCCGCUGAACCUGUUGGUUGUUUGUUCAUACAGGUAAGUUUAGGCCAACAUAUCUAUAAGGACCCCUCCCUCUUCUUUUAAGGGACCACACUCCGGUCUCUCUGCUUCAGAUCUGCCUUUCUGUAGGUCCCGGAUCGCAGGUCCCAGACAAAUUACGUCCAGUACAUAGCCUGUUUUUCCAGGUGGACCAUAAUGGAGAGGGUGGACUCGCUGAUUUCACCAGAAAGAAAAUUAGUGUGUUAAUAAUGUCACUGUUCGAACAUGUCAAACAGCCAUAAAAGAUGUGAGAAAUGAAACUGCUGUUAGUCGUCCCUGAUUGACGUUUAAAACGUUCUUGAAGCAACUGUUGGAUGUUUUUAUACCUUUUUUAAUUACCUCCUAGUAGUACUACUUUCUGAUUAUUAGAAGGGUAUACCUUUAAUUUUGAGUAGUGUUCAUGAAUACAGCUGUAUAAAAAAUAUUUAAUUCCUGUUAUUGUUUUGUUUGUUUUUUUUGCUUGGGUCAUUUUUCAUAUAUAUCCUGACCAAACAAGUUCAAAUCUACUGUUAUCUAAUUGGUUAUGCUGUGUUCAUGCGAUCUGGUGGAUGCAAGCCCCAGGAGAAGCUGCAUCUAAAAUAAACAAUGCCAGCAAACAUC